GAAUUUCUUGAGCAUCUUGGCGAAAGAUAAUAAGUUUUGAUGAUCAAAGAAAAAGGUGAUUUAGGUGUUUUAAUAAUUUUUGUUUUUUUUUUUGUCAAUUCAUUUAUCACAUCAAUCAUCUUAAUAAAUUAUUCAUUCAUUAAUUCAUUCUAAGAUAUUAAAGAAAAAAACUUUGACGCAUUUUUCGAUUGAGAAUUCUCUUAGCCGUUUUUCAAUUAAUUACAUUUUAAAGAUUCUAUCGUCAUCAUCAAGCAAACAUAACUGUUUAAAAAAAAUGUCAAAAAUAGUUUCAAAUGUUUUUCAACAAUUGAAAAGCAAAGAAUUUCGUUCAUAUUUGAUGAGCACGCAUUUCUGGGGACCUGUUGCCAAUUGGGGAAUUCCGAUAGCAGCAUUAGCUGAUAUUCAAAAAGAACCAAGCAUUAUAAGUCCAACUAUGACUUGUGCAUUGAUUAUUUAUUCAGCAACAUUUAUGCGUUUUGCUAUUCGUGUUCAACCACGUAAUAUGUUAUUGUUUGCCUGUCAUAUUACAAAUUUUACUGCACAAACAGUUCAAGGUGUUCGUUAUAUUAAUUAUCGAAUGAAAUCCUAAAUAUGUCUGACCCGGUCUAGCACAUUGUGAUUAUCGAUCACUGCAUAAUCUAGUUAUGAAAUCGUUAUGAAAAAAAAUUCAUUUUUUAAUAAUUUUAAACCAAAAAUUUGUAAAAUU